AUUUUGUCAGCGCCCUUUCUCAGUGUCAGCCCUGGCUCUUUUGUGGGAGGACCUGCGCUCUAUUUCCUCAUCCGGACUGUAGAUGUGUUGUGUAUUUUUAUGGUGAAGCUGUUUACACCCGUGUGGGUUAACUAUGGGGAAGAAGCACAAGAAGCACAGGUCUGAGUGGCGGUCGUACGACGCCGGGGACCUGGGCUCUCCUCCAGACCAGUCUCAGUAUUAUGUGGGUAAGCCUUCAGAAAAGUCUCUGAAAUUGGUUCUGAAAGUUGGAGGAAGUGAAGUGACUGAACUUUCUGGAUCUGGACAUGAUUCUAGUUACUAUGAUGAUCGCUCCGAUCAUGAACAACGUGAGCGUCAUAAGGAAAAAAAGAAAAAAAAGAAAAAGAAAUCGGAGAAAGAGAAGGAUAAGCAUGUAGAUGAUGAAGAAAGGAGGCGGAGAAAGGAAGAGAAAAAGAGAAAACGAGAAAAAGAACAAUGUGAUUCAGAUGAAGAAACUGAGUAUUUUGAACCAGAGAAGAAAGUAGAAGUUGAAACCCCUACAGACCGUCCAGUCAGAGCUUGCAGAACCCAUCCAGCAGAAAAUGAAAGCACCCCCAUACAACAGCUUCUAGAACAUUUCCUCCGACAACUCCAACGGAAAGAUCCUCAUGGUUUCUUUGCUUUUCCUGUCACGGAUCAAAUUGCACCUGGAUAUUUUAUGAUCAUAAAACAUCCAAUGGAUUUCAGUACUAUGAAAGAUAAAAUAGCUGCAAACGAGUACAAGUCAAUCACAGAAUUUAAGGCUGAUUUUAAGCUUAUGUGUGAUAACGCCAUGACGUACAACCGCCCAGAGACAGUCUACUAUAAGUUGGCAAAGAAGUUGCUACACACAGGCUUCAAGAUGAUGAGCAAGCAGGCUGCUAUAUUGGGUGAUGAGGACACCACAGUUGAGAAACCUAUGCCAGAAGUUGCUCUUCCAGCUCCUGUAGAAAUUACUAAGAAAUCUAAAAAGCCAAGCAAGGAAGUAAUUAGGGUCAUUGAAGAUGAUCAGAGCUGCAUUUUUGAGCCAGAAGGAAAUGCUUGUAGUUUAACAGACAGCACUGCUGAAGAACAUGUCUUAGCUCUAGUGGAACAUGCUGCAGAUGAAGCCAGAGACAAGGUCAACAGAAACUAUACAAACUGCAAGAUUGGGUACCUAAAAAAGAACGUGGAUGGCAAUUUGAUUUACUCUGUAGUAAAUGCUGACCCUGAUGCAGAGGAGGAAGACUGUCUCUCUCAGGAUGUGGUGUCAUGGAGACUUCCAGGAAACCAGAUUACCGAUGAAGAAACCCAUCCAGUGGAUUUAAGUUCUUUGUCAAGCAAACUUUUGCCUAGCUUUACCACAUUAGGUUUUAAAGAUGAUCGCAGACAUAAAGUCACAUUUCUUAACAGUACCAGUACAGCCCUGUCUUUACAAAAUAAUACUCUCUUCACUGAUCUUAAGCCUGAUGAGAUGGAACUAAUGUACGCUGCUUAUGGUGAUGACACAGGGAUACAAUGUGCUCUUAGCCUUCAAGAGUUUGUAAAAGACUGUGGUACUUAUGCAAAGAAAAUGGUGAAUGACAUGCUGGAUCAAAUAACGGAAGGAGAUCAUUCCAAAAUUCUUUAUCAACUAAAACAGAUUGGAGAAUCUGUGGGUGAUGGCAGCAAUUCUGUUUUUGACUUUAUGUCCAUGAAGGCCUAUUCCGAUGUAUCUCUUGAAAUGUCCAUGCUAAAUUCUCUAGGAAAAGUGAAGAAGGAGCUUGACCACGAUGAUGGUCAUCUUAACUUAGAUGACGCAGCUAAACUCUUGCACGACUUUCAUGACGUACACAAUGACAGAGUUGGAUCUAGACCGUCUUCCAAUAUAAGUUCUUUAUCCAACAACUCGGAAAGAGAUCAUCAUCAUCUUGGUAGCCCUUCCCGUCUCAGUGUUGGAGAACAGCAAGACAUUCCAGACCCCUACGAAUUCCUACAGUCUCCGGAGCCUGAAAAUAAUUAGUUUCUUGUAUUGUAUUUAUUGUUCUUAUCUUCUUGUGUAAUACUAAUAUAUGUAGAAAUUGUGCUUUCAUUCCUGCCGCCCCUCUUCCUUUCCUGCCUAUAAGUCCUCUGAAUAUCCAGUGACCACCUCCUCAUCCUAAAAAUCCUACAGUGAGUGGUAGACCAGGUAAGAUGGAAGCAACCACAGGCUUAUUUUGUGACA